AUGACGGCACAAGUCCCCGACUCGAGAUUAACCAGCAUUACGCGUUCCGUUGACCAAAGCGAUUACCACACUCGCCUGCGGAGCACCACACCCGCUGCUUGUUUGCGGAGUAGCAUCUCUGUCUCUGACAAUCCGACCGCGCACCCGGAGCUUGCCAGUCCUGCUAGAUCUGGGCAGACUCCUUCUCUUCACUCUUUGUCUCCCGAGUUCGACAUCUCCACCUCCCCCAACUCAGCAGCCGCUUCGGCGGAGUCUGCCGUGAUGCCUUUUUCUGACUUGGACAAUGAUGGUGCCAGCCGCUGUAAUAGCAUUGUCAACACCAUGCUCAGCAAUAACAGCGUCAUCGAGCCCGAGCGCGUCCACAGCGAGGUCAAUGUUAUACCCGACGAGGUCUUCGCGGGAUAUGACAACCCUGGCGACGUGCGAAGCUCUGAUGUCCCGCCGCCCAUGUACACGCAGCGGGAUCCUCUGCUUCCAAUCUGCAAUGUUGAAGACUCCGGUGCCGCGUCUGCCGCCCGCGCAACCACCGUCUCCUGUGCUCCCCCUGCCUCCUACCCAACCACCACCUCUGCUUCCCACUCUGGUGCAGUCCCUGCAACCUUGGUGACUCGCACCGGGAAGAACAGAGCCGGUCGUCCCUACACUGUUUCCUUCCCGCGCCCGGACAUCGAUGCUCGUGUCCGUGACCUUCAGCGAGCUGCCAGGGAGGAGGAGGCUGCGGAAGAGCAACGCCGCCAGCAUCGCUCAUAA